GGGGGAGGGAAGGACUGAAGGGCCGAGAGAAGGUGAUGUCAGCUGAGUUCAGAAAGUAAACAGAGUUCCAGACUGCAGCAUGCUGUCUGCGGGACGGGGACUGCAGCUGGGGCAAACCCACAGGGCGACCCCCACAAUCCCCUGGACCAGCACCAUUAUCUCGGGGAAGGAGGGCUGGUUCCUCCUCAUCUCCUUCUUCAUCUCCUUACCCCAAGGGACAGCCUGGCCCUACGAUUACAGGUAUUUGUACAACCACUGCCCGGGCCCGGAGUGGAACGUUAUGUGCAGAGGCUGCUGCGAGUAUGAUGUGAUCCGCUGUAAAUGCCCCCUACAGGGGACUCCGGUGGGCUACGCGGUGCCCUGCUGCCGCAACGCCAUCAAUGAGUGUGACCCCUGCAUCAUCCAUCCAGGUUGCAGUAUAUUUGAGAACUGUAAGCGCUGUAACAAUGGGACAUGGGGGCCCAGGGAUGACUUCUUCAUUAGUGGCAAAUACUGCGCUGAGUGUCGGCCAGGCUGGUCUGGUGGAGACUGCAUGAAGUGUGGGGGAGUGAUCCGUAAACAACAGGGCCACUUGGUGCUGGAGAGUUACCCCAACAAUGCUCGGUGUGAGUGGACCAUACAGGUGGAGCGUCCCUUUACCAUAGAACUCAGGUUCAUGAUGCUGAGUCUGGAGUUUCACCCUUCUUGUCGUUAUGACUACGUGGAGGUCCGAGAUGGUGACAGCAUCAACUCACGUGUCAUCGCUCGAUUCUGUGGGAACAACAGACCUGCCCCAGUUCAGAGCUCUGGCAACAGUCUGCACAUACUCUUUGUGUCUGAUGGUUACAAGAAUUUUGAUGGAUUCUUUGCCACUUUCCUGGAGAGUUCAGCUUGCAGCUCCACUCCUUGCCUGCAUGAUGGGACUUGUAUCCUGGACAGUUCUUACACUUACCACUGUGCCUGUCUGGCUGGCUACACAGGCAAGAGAUGUGAGAAUGUGGUGGGAUGCCACAGGCCUCCAGUGCCCACCCAUGGAUCUACAGAGGGUUUGUUUCAUCUCUCAGGGGCACGCAUCACUUUCCGUUGUGAUCCUGGCUUUGAGCUGCGGGGGUUUCGUACUGCCAUCUGCCUGAGUGAUGGCACCUGGAGUGCGCCAGCCCCAGAGUGUGUGCCAGUGGAAAGAGUCUGUACUUUACCACCCAAGCCAACACAUGGGGACCACUUCUUGGUUUAUGGACCCAAUGAUGUCCUCAUUGCUCUCCAGUACCUGUGCUACCAGCCCUAUGAACUCAGUGGGAGCUCCCAGAGAACCUGUCUCCCUAACAACACCUGGAGUGGGACUCCUCCUGUUUGCACCCAAGUGAAUAACACUCUCACUGAAGCAGAAAAAGACAAAGACAAGGCAAAAGACACAGAAACAGAUACAUACAGUGACAAAUAUAUCAGCAAAACUAAAGAGAAAGGUCAAGAGAGCCCAACUGGAGAAAAAGAAAGUGUUGGAGGGAAAGAUAUAAACACUGGGCACGGGAAUACAACAGCAGUCGACAGAGAAGAUAAAUAUACUGAUACCAUUCCUGAGAAAACUGUGGCUGAGGGUAGAAAUGAAGGAGGAAAUACUGGGUCAGAGAAACCCACUGGAGGCAGCAAAGAUAAAGUGGAUAGUAAAGGCCCAGAUAAUAGCCUGAAUACAGUUGAAAUGGAAGAACCUGGGGUAGGAAAGCUACCGGAGAAAAAAGAAGACAGUCCAGACACAAACAAAGAGACAGGAAAGACAGACAUUGUGAUAAAAGACAAAGGGCAAGAAGAGAAGGAAAGGAAAGAGGAGCAGGUGAAUGGAAAAAAAGAUCCGGACAAAGUGGGCCCUAAUGAUACCAAACUGAGGACGGUCAUAGCUGAGGGUGAAAACAGAGUGGAGAUAUUUGAACUGGAAAUGACAAAGAACAACACAGUUAUAUAUGAUACAAAGGAAACAAACAAAGAAAAUAAUACCAUAGGUUCUGCAGAGCUAGGGAGGAAAAUCAUCCCCACUACAGUCAGCAUUACACAGUACACCACGUACAGAGCAGGAGGUGAGGGAAGUGGGAAUCCAAAGGAAAAACCAACAAUUAAAGAGGACAAGACAGAGAAGGAUUCUGGAGAGGAGGAGAAGGAAAAAGAAAAGGAGAAAGAAGUCAACCAAAGCUUCACCGAGACAAGCUGCCCACCUCUCCCUCGCCUCUACCAUGGCUACCACCAGCUGGUGCCCAGGUUGGAGCCUGAAACAGUGGACUUCUUCUGUAACCACUCCUAUGCUCUCAGUGGUGAUCCCCGACGUACCUGCCAGCCAAAUGGUACCUGGAGUGGCAAACAACCCAUCUGUGUCAGAGCAUGUCGGGAGCCUAAAGUAUCAGAACUGGUUAGACAAAGACUUCUGCCACCUCAGGCACCCUUCAGAAAGACACCUGUGCACAAGCUCUACUCCUCUGGGGUGGGCCGACAGCUCCAGUCUGCCGGCCCCACUAAAGGCCCUCCAGUGUUUUCCCAGUUGCCCCAGGGCUUCCACCACCUUUACACACAUAUAGAGUAUGAGUGUUCCUCUCCGUUCUACCAACACACUGGCAGUUCCCGCCGCACUUGCUUGAAGACUGGGAAAUGGAGUGGGCGUCAUGUGUCCUGUUCACCAGUGUGUGGGAAGCAUCCAACCUUUGACUCAGAGAGGCCGGCAGAGGCUCACUGGCCUUGGCUGGCAGCCAUCUACCGUCGCUCCACCAACGGAGCUGAGGCCAAGGUGACCAAGGCAGACAGCCAGGCAGGGUCCCUGAAGAAGGAUGUUGGAGCAGGAACUGGCAACCACAAUCAGGCUUCUGACUGGCAGCUGGUGUGCAGCGGGGCUCUGGUGAACCAAAGAAGUGUGGUGGUUGCAGCCCACUGUGUGACAGAGCUGGGGAAGGUGUAUCCACUGGAUACAGCUAAGCUCAAGGUGGUAGUAGGAAAGCACUACCGUGAUGACCACAGGGAAAGUAAAGGUCUUCAACACCUGAGGGUGGCCUCCAUUGUUGUUCAUCCAAACUAUGACCCCCAUAUUCUCGACUCUGACAUGGCUGUGGUCAAGUUACUGGACAAAGCAAGAAUUGGGGAGAAGGUCCUGCCCCUCUGCCUCUCAGACAGCCAGGGAGAAGAGGUGACCUCUGGACAAGGGCUUGUGACAGGCUGGUCUCCACUGCCUGAUUCAAGUUUAGGUCCUGAUGAGAAGGCAAGGGUUGGGCUUGUUCACCUUGCUGAUGUAGUCCCAUGUGAGCAGCAGUAUGCUCAUAACGGCCUGCCAGUCAGUGUCACUGACAAUAUGCUCUGUGCCAGCCAGAAGCCUGACUAUAGGCCCUCUAACAUAUGUCCCUCUGACACUGGGGGAAUCCUUAUCCUCCCUGCCCUCUCUGAGAACCAAGCCAGCGACAACCAGAAGCCCUCUCUCAGCUUCACACAGGUGCAGGGGGAGAGCAAAGGGCUGUGGAGACUCCUGGGACUGGUGAGCUUUGGCUAUGACAAAGGGGAGUGUGAUCCUGACCUCUACACAGUGUACACACAUGUAGCCAACUUCAAAGACUGGAUAGAGAACAAUAUGAAAUAAAAAUCCUACUGUGUGACUCAACUUGUUCCCCCCUUGCUUCUAAAAUAUUUAAAUGCCCUCAUAUCUUACAGUCCUCUCCCUUAUGUUUGUCAUUUGUUGUCAUGUUUUUCAGUCUAUUCAUUCUCUCUCAUCUUUUUUUCUUGUUCUUAUAAACAAGGGCAUUUUCUUAUACAAUGCAGAAGCACUGGAGACACAGGGCAACACAGUGCUCUAACUGAAGGGGGUGCUAACACAUUGGAUAUGCUGGCCAUCAAGACUUGAGUAUUCAGGUCCAUCAACCUGAGGUCACAGACUUGAAAAUGACCGAAAAUGACAGAAAACCAUUUCAAGCCUCUGGCUGAUGAUGGUUUGUAUUGUACUCAUUGGUAUGUAUAUAUGUUGUAAUGUACUGAAAUAUUCUAUCAAUUCAUAUGACCCAUGAGAUGUACAUAUUGUAUUGAAAGACAUAAAAAUCAUGUUUUUAAUUAAAGAAAAUGUGGGUGUGAUAAA